AUAUUUGCUUAGUGAUCCUUGGCUAUCACUUGGUUAGCCAUGUGCGACCUUGAGUUCCCCAUAGUAAAACCAUUGGUUUAAAAACACAAAUCCCGAGCAAGGUCGUGAAGAAAGGAGAGUGAGGUGGUACGGCCAUUUCUUCCACCUUCCGUUUCUGCAUUCCUCGCAGAACUUCCAACAGCUGCAUGUUGGGCCAGAGAAUCCAGAGGUUCACCACCUCCGUGGUCCCUCACAGCCGCUAUAAGGAGGGGCUGGGGAAGAAUUUGCCAGUUUCGGUGGAAAACAAAUGGCAGUUACUGGUUAUGAUGACUGUGUACUUUGCCGCUCCUUUCUUCAUAGUAAGGCACUAGCUACUUAAAAAAAAAAAAAAAAAAAAAAGGGACAUUUAAUUCAUCCCUUUAACAGAAUGAAGGAAGUUUAAGAAAUGUGAUCUGAAACUUGGAUUAAACCCUUGAAC